AUGCCAGGCAAAGACUGUAAGGAGAAACACGUUUUAACCUCAAUGAUUAUCCAAGAUCAUAAGGACAUGAAUGAUCAGAAGAAAAAACGGUCUCCAAUGCAGCAGUUUGAUGGCAAAAGUACGAUCAUAUUCGACUCAGAAGAUGAUGAGACGGAAGGAGAAGAAGAAGAAGAAGAGGACGAUACGCAUUCGUCUAAUAGUGACAAUGAGACGGAAUAUUGCGUGGAUUUUCGUGUUAUUACAGCACGACUUGGUAGUUCAGCUACUACACAUCGUCGCUCUGUUGUCUCAUCAUAUAUACCAUUACCAACGAAGCAAUGGACACCUCCUGUUAACAUUAAGAGCAUUGAAGAUGCUGAAUCGAUUCGACGUUCCGUGAAACGUAAUUUACUCUUUGCAAAUCUACCAGAAGAUACUUUACAGGUCUUAGUUGAUGCAAUGACAUAUGUGACCAUGGAUCCAGGCAUGGACGUUAUAGCUCAAGGAGAGAGUAGUGGAGAUCGAUUCUUUAUUUUGGAGACUGGUGUCUGUGAUGUACUAGUGAAUGACAGAAAAGUAGGUGAAGUAUCUGCAACGUCAGCUCGUAAUUUUUUUGGUGAACUUGCGUUGCUAUAUGACUCACCACGAGCUGCUACAGUACGAGCUAAGACACCGGUCAAGUGCUGGACAUUAGAUCGUGUGACAUACAAGCGUGUACUUAUGGCCACAACUAUGCAGCAACGAGCUUUGUAUCUGGAUUUUCUUGGUCAAGUACCAAUCUUUUCAACCUUGUCAAGCUAUGAAAAAAUGACAGUCGCAGACGCUUUGCGCGUACAAUUUGUCGAGUCUGGAGAUACGAUUCUAAUCGAGGGUUCUCGAGGCGAUGACUUUUAUAUUAUUGCAGACGGUGAAGUCAAGUGCACACGUGGUGGUGAGGAAGUGUCGGCACGACUUGGAACUGGAGAUUUUUUUGGUGAACUUGCACUUAUCCACGAUGAUGUGCGUCAAGCUACGGUCACUGCCAUGUGCAAGACCAAGCUACUUGUGCUCGAUCGAGCCACGUUUAAGCGCCUACUUGGCCCCAUGCAGGAGCACCUGCGCAAACGUGCUGAUCUGUACGAGCUCUAUAUGAAUGCACCAAGGAUUACGAUGCAGAAGUAA